AUGCCACUAAUUUUGUGGGUACUCGGCAAGAUUUCAAAAUAUUGUACUGCCAAUAGUAUUGAAUUUCAUCAUAUACCACCCAGAUCCCCCCACUUUGGUGGACUAUGGGAAGCGGCUGUAAAAUCAGCAAAAUAUCAUUUGGCUAGAAUAUUGGAUCAAUCGCAUCUUACAUUUGAAGAGCUGGCAACAGUGGUUGCGGAAGUAGAGGCAGUUUUAAAUUCAAGACCUUUGACAACCUUGUCUAACGACCCAAAUGAUGAAAGCGUUCUUACACCGGCACAUUUCUUAACAGGUGGUCCGUUGGUUGGAACUGUGGAACCUACUGUGGAUAGCGAAGAAUGGUCUUAUAGAGAUAGAUGGCUACGAAUUUCGGCCAUACAACAGCAUUUUUGGAGAAGGUGGCCGGCGGAGUAUCUUCAUGAACUUCAACAGAAAGUCAAAUGGACUAAGAAGCAGAAGAACCUUAAUGAAGGUGAAAUGGUGUUAAUUGCAGAUGAAAAUUUGCCUUCUAAGCAAUGGCUUAUUGGGAGAGUGCUGAAAGUGACAAGAGAUGCUAAAGGUUGGAUUCGAGUUGCUGUUGUAAAAAUAAAGAAUGGAGAGGUUCGCCGAGCAAUCCAUAAAUUGGCACCUACUCCAUCUCAAUGUUGA